AUGGGUGACAUAUCUCUGCCCGAGCCAGCCGACCUCCCCUCACGCACGUCUCAGCCAGGCUUCGACGUGGAGCAGGUGCUGAAAGAACUGAGCAGUAGAGAAAAGAUUGGUCUGCUCUCUGGAAUCGACUUCUGGCACACCAAGGCCGUCCCGCGACUCAAUGUGCCCUCCGUCCGACUCUCAGAUGGCCCCAAUGGCGUCCGCGGCACCCGCUUCUUCAACGGCAUCCCGGCCGCCUGUCUCCCGUGCGGUACCGGCCUCGCAGCCACUUGGGACACCGAUCUGCUACAGAGUGCUGGUAGAUUGAUGGGCGUAGAGGCCAAGGCGAAGGGUGCUCACGCGCUUCUUGGGCCGACGGUCAAUAUGCAGCGAAGCCCACUGGGAGGACGAGCAUUCGAAGCGUUCUCCGAGGACCCUGUUCUGUCGGGGAAAUGUGCUGCAUCCAUCGUGAAUGGCGUUCAAGAAACAGGAGUCGUGGCCUCGAUCAAACACUUCGUCGCGAACGAUCAAGAGCACGAGAGAAUGGCUGUCGACAGCCUCGUCACGGAGCGAGCCCUCCGCGAAAUAUACGUCCUCCCGUUCCAAAUCGCCGUCCGGGAUGCCAACCCUGGGUCUUUUAUGACGUCGUACAAUAAGGUCAACGGGGUUCAUGUCAGCGAGAACCCAAAGUUUAUUCAGAAAAUCGUCAGAGAGGAAUGGGGAUGGGAAGGGCUUGUUAUGAGUGACUGGUACGGAACAUACUCAACAGUCGAGAGUAUUAAUGCUGGUCUUGACCUGGAGAUGCCUGGCCCAUCACGUUGGCGUGGGGAGCUUAUUAGUCACGCCCUCAUGGCUAAAAAGCUGGAGCAAGAGGUGGUCGAUCAACGCGUACGUGAGGUUUUGAGAUUCGUCCACCGAGUCAGCAAGAUCGGAGUCCCGGAAAAUGCCCCAGAAGAGGGAAGGGAUACUCCAGAAACCGCGAGCCUAUUGAGGGACCUUGCGGGUCAGUCAAUCGUGCUUCUGAAGAACACAGACAAAGUACUUCCGUUUGCGAAAGAGAAAUGCGUUGCCGUUAUCGGAAACAACGCCAAAACUGCCGUGUACUGUGGCGGCGGAUCAGCUGCCUUGAGGCCGUAUUAUGCCGUAUCCCCGUUCGAGGGCAUUUCGCAAAAGGUCACAGAUGUCCGAUACUCCCUUGGAUCCCAAGCUCAUAAAAUGCUUCCAGUUCUUGGACCGAAAAUGCGAACCUCGGAUGGCCGAGUGGGUGUCACUUUCAAGGCCUUCACUUCUCCCGACUCCAACCGUGAUCGGAACCCGGUUGACACAUUACACCUCGUAGAUACUGACAUGUACUUUGCGGACUACUACCACCCCGAACUCAAAGAGGAUCUAUGGUGGGGAGAAAUCGAGGCUACUUACGAGGCAGAGGAGACGUGCGAGUUCGAGUUUGGUCUCUGCGUUUUCGGCACAGCAAGACUCUAUGUCGAUGACGAGCUGCUGAUCGAUAAUGAGACUGUGCAGCGCCGGGGAGGAAGCUUCUUCAAUGUGGGAACUGUGGAAGAAACCGGCGUCAAGAAAUUGACGGCGGGACAGACCUACAAAGUCAAAGUUGUCUUCGCCAGCGGCGCCGCAUCCAAGAUCAAGGAUACCGACGGCGUCGUGACCUUUGGAGGCGGCGGCGUUCGAAUUGGCGGCGCCAAAGUCGUCGACCCAGAUGAAGAAAUAGCCAAGGCAGUUGAGCUGGCCAAGUCUGUGGACCAGGUCGUCCUCUGCGUUGGCUUGAAUUCCGACUUUGAGCAAGAAGGCCACGACCGCGCGCACAUGGACUUGCCCGGACGGACUGACGAGCUCAUCUUCGCAGUCGCCGCGGCCAACCCUCGCACUGUCGUGGUCGUUCAAUCAGGAGCCCCCGUCAGCAUGCCGUGGGCAGACGCAGUCUCUGGAGUAGUGCAAGCCUGGUACGGCGGCAACGAGACAGGAAACGCCAUUGCGGACGUCCUCUUUGGCGACGUCAAUCCCGGCGGGAAGCUGCCUCUAUCGUUCCCGGUUCGUGUGGAGGACAACCCGGCGUUUUUGAACUACCGAUCAGAACAUGGCCGUGUGCUCUAUGGGGAGGACAUUUACGUUGGGUAUCGGUUCUACGAGGCCGUCAAGAAGCCAGUGCAAUGGCCGUUCGGUUGGGGGCUGUCAUACACGAGUUUCGUCAUUUCUGAUCUCUCAGUACGACUUGAGAGCACCCCCAAGGGCGGCCGUCUUGUGGUCAGCACCAGCGUGCAUAAUACGGGUGAUGUUGGCGGCUCGGAAGUGGUUCAGGUGUACGUAUCGCAACGGUCACCUUCCAUCAACCGCCCGCCGAAGGAGCUGAAGGGAUUCGCCAAGGUCUACGUGGAUAAGGGAGAGUCAACUAUGGCUCAGGUGGUGAUUGACAGGAAAUAUGCCACUAGCUUCUGGGAUGAGACGCGGCAUCAGUGGACCGAGGAGAGUGGUCUUUACGAUGUUCUCGUGGGAACCUGCAGCUCGGAGACCCCGUUGAAGUCCACCUUUGAGGUUAAGGAAACAACAUGGUGGACCGGUCUCUAG